CCUUUUGCGUUUCCAAGACAACCCCCUGGUCCUUACUUGCGAUCGCUUUGAAGGUCUUCAAGACAGCUUAACGACCGACCUACACCGAGCAUCCAUGGCUUCCUGAUACUUGUAAACGCCAAUUCAAAACACCUGAGCCGACCGCCGUCAGCACCACGCAUCACGCCCGCCCUCCCGACUGAGCCGAAUUUUCCAUUGCGUACCUCCUUAAACCAAUCGUGCGACAGAGCUCGCGAUCAUCGCACCUAACCACGAGAUCAAGCGCGAUGGCGGACGAACGGCCGGGAUCUACCCCACCGGGGCCGCAAGACGAUGCGCCGAUGACCGUCAACCUUCAAAUCGUGUCGCCCUCUGUCGGAGUUGGAAUCCUACGGUUCCCCGACAUGCCGGCUACUACGACAGUGCAGCAACUUAGAGAAAACAUCCGAGAGGCAUUGCCAUCGAGACCGGCGGAUGACCACCAACGUCUAAUUCACCGAGGCCGACUCCUGGCACGCGACACAGAUACGUUGCAAGAUAUCUUUGGCGAGGAAACAUUACGAACAAACGAUCAGCAAACAAUACAUCUCGUGCUGCGAGACACUGGAGAUAUCCCUCCGCCCGAUGCUCAACCGCGCCUUCUUCCACAUGCCCUCCGGAAUCCGCCCAAUGUCGCCGCCAUCCCGCGGCCGGGGUCGGCACCUAUCGGUGUGCCCCAUACCACGGCUCACGCUUCACAACACGGUCAGCAGCAUGCUCAGCUGCACGCCAUACAACACGCCCAGCAACAGGAGCUGCUCCAACGGAUGACUCAACUCCAACAGCGAGAGGCUAAUUAUCGCCAGUUCUUGGCUCAACAACAAAACACCCGUGCUGCCACGGGCCCGCAGGUCCUGCAGGAUGGUAAUAGCCAACCUCAAGUUGGCGGGAUUGAUCCUACGGGAGGGAGAAACAGUCCGGUUGGGCAGACAUUCCGGACCGUCACACGGGAAGGUACCGGGCCAGAUGGGCAGCGGUAUAGUUUCAGGAUGGUCCUGAACGAUGUUAUCAACCCAACUGGCGCUACCUCCCGUCCUCCAUCACGGCCCGGGCCGACCUCUGAUCCUGUUGGUCAGCGGCCGCUCUCGGCUGCCGAUGUCCGCAACAUAAUUCACGGAGCUGACGCGAAUCGGGCUGCUCAGGCCAUGGCGAAUGCCAUGCAGCGGAACACAUCGGGCGUGCACCCAGCCAACAUGCCGGCUGAGCUUGCUCACUUCAACUUCAACAGCCCUAUCCAACCAAUCCAGCCAGGCGUCACGACCCCUAUCUUCCCGGGCCUAUCGAGGAAUGUUAGCCGGGCAGCUACGCCGGACACCUCCACUAGGUCUGUUAGCCACGGAAGCGGCAUCGGGCCCAGUGUCCUGCCGGCCUCGGCACAGUUUCAGGCGGCUCAAGGCCACCCCGAAGUGUACAUCCUCUCUUCGCCGACGGGGCCUCGGGGCUUGCUAAUCAACAACGGUUCGGAGCUGUAUACCACUCCUGCCGCUCGGUCCCUCCCUUUCAUACCGAACCCUUACCGACCAUUUGCCCCGGUACCGUCAUUAACCGAGACGCAUCGCACGGAGAGCCAAACCCAGCAGGGACCAGGACACCCGGCGGGUUCGAGCCUGAGCCAGCCACAAGCACAUAUCCAGGCCCCGCAUGCACAGCCCUAUCAGCCGCCUUCACCCCUAGCUCAACAGCCCUACCAGCCACCGGCCAUGCCCCAACAGCAACCGCUUCCCCAAGCGCAGAACCAGCACCAACCCGCGAUCCGCCGUCGGCCAGUAGCCGGCCAAGCAGCGCCAGCAGCCGCAGCACAACCGCAGCCAGCGCCCCAACUCAAUGCGCACGCUAACCCGGGAGUAGCACCUCUGGUGGCAGCAAUAUGGCCGCACAUCUGGCUGAUAAUUCGCCUCGUCGCGUUCGCAUGGUGGUUCUCGUAUACUGACCCAUCUUGGGAGCGCUGGCUGUCUCUUGUCCUGGCUUUCAUCGUGGUGCUCGCAAUUAACACGGGCAUAUUCAACGGAAUGGUCAACAACGCAUUCCACCCUGUGAGGGAGCAGCUGGAAGGCAUGAUCCCAUUUGCGGACCCCGACCGCCCGCAACAGCAGCAGCAGCAACAACAGCAACAGCAAAACCAGCAGGAAGGAGGCGCCAACCAGAAUGAUGAGAACGGAGCAAACCCAGACCCCGCACAAACAGCCGCGAGGUUGGUGGCGGAGCGGAGGGUCCAAAACGGGAGCUGGCUACGGGAUCAUAUGAGGCGGAUCGAGAGGGCGGGAAUACUGUUCCUCGCCAGCUUUGCGCCGGGCGUGGCCGAGAGGCAUAUCCAGCAGCUAGAGGAGCAGGAACGGGCGGAUCGGCGGGCCGCCGAGGAGGCGAGGGCUGCUGCUGCCACGGCGGUUGCCGAAGCUGCUGCGCAGCAAGAGGCCGAGCAAGCUACCGCUGAGAAUCAGGAAGGGCAAGAGGAGACUGGGGAGGGGGCCCCUGCUCAGGAGCAAGCUGAGGCUCCCGAAGUUCAACCUCAACCGCCUUUAGUUGAGGUGUAGAGGUGUCAUUGAAUUGGGUGGUUUGGGGGUCCGAUAACUGUU